GUAAUUAACUUAGGUAAACCUCUUAAAAACUUGGGCACAGCCACCUUGAAUAUUCAGUGGCCGAAAGAAAUUAGCAAUGGCAAAUGGUUGCUUUAUUUGGUGAAAGUAGAAUCCAAAGGAUUGGAAAAGAUAUCUUGUGAGCCACAAGGUGAAAUAAACCUCCUGAAGCUAAAGCGGUCUCACAACUCAAGAAAGAAACGGGAAAUUGCUGAGAAACAGAGAGAUGGUAGCAGAAAAUUUUCUUUGUUUGCUGAAAGAAAGUACCAGACCCUUAACUGUAGUGUGAAUGUGAACUGUGUGAACAUCCGGUGCCCACUGCAAGGGCUGGACAGCAAGGCCUCUGUCAUUCUUCAUUCAAGGUUAUGGAACAGCACGUUUCUAGAGGAAUAUUCCAAAAUGAACUACUUAGACAUUCUCGUGCGGGCUUCUAUUGAUGUGACUGCUGCCACCGAGAAUAUCAAGCUGCCAAAUGCAGGCACUCAGGUUCGUGUGACUGUGUUUCCCUCAAAGACUGUCACUCAGUAUUCAGGAAUACCUUGGUGGAUCAUCCUAGUGGCUGUUCUUGCUGGGAUUUUGAUGCUUGCUCUAUUAGUGUUUUUACUAUGGAAGUGUGGAUUCUUUAAACGCUCUAGGUACGAUGAUAGCGUUCCCCGAUACCAUGCUGUAAGGAUCCGGAAAGAAGAGCGGGAGAUCAAAGAUGAAAAGUAUAAUGAUCACCUUGAAAAAAAACAGUGGAUCACAAAGUGGAAUGAAAAUGAAAGCUACUCCUAGUGGGGGCGGGGGGGGGCAAAAAAAGCCUCACAGUACCCAAAGUGCAUUUUUUUCCCCAACUCAGAAAUUCAAAUGGAUGUAAAAGCCUGUUUGAUACCUGAAGAUUGAUUUCAGACUUGACUACACACAGUACGAACCUACAGUUUUAACUGUGGAUAUUGUUACUCAGCCUAAGGCUCCUGUUUUGCACAGCCAGAUUUAAGACUUGGAAUGGAUUUUUCUUUAACUGCCUUAAUUUAACCUUCCGGGUUGCCUUUGUUUUUGGUGUGGCUGACUUACACCUGCCGGGGAAGGGCCUGCCCAGUUGCACUUAUGCGACUUCCUCCCGACAGCAUGACUGGAGAAAGGCACCCACAAUCGCCUGUGCUAACAGAGUGGCUGUCCUAACCUCGCCACUGCCACUACAAACAUCUUUCCCAUAGAACCUGAAAGUUAAUUGUUCCACAUCACAAGACUACGCCAUCAGGGUAGUUGUUUCAAUUUAAAGUGCUGUCUUAAAUGUGCAAUAGAAGGUGAUGUCGCCAUCCUGCCAUCUUUUUCCAUUUCCUAGGUGUGUGAGUACUUGCUCACGCCAAAUGCACACAGGUUUCAUUCUCCCUUUUCACUAAAACACACAGGUGCAACAGACUUGAAUGCUAGUUAUUCUUAUUUGUAUAUGGUAUUUAUUUUUUCUUUUCUUUUCUUUUUUUUUUGGCAAACCAUUUUGUUAUUGACUAACAGGCCAAAGAUUCUCCAGUUUACCCUUCAGGUUGGUUUCAGCAAUCAGAAUGAGAACAUGGGAGGUCAUUGGUUUGACCCAAAUUAUUUACUGCAAAAUGAAAAUAACAAUUCUUUGUAAGUGUACCAGAGUUGUUUUAAUACCUUAAACUUAUCUGUAAAUUAUACCCUCUCCUUCAUGGCAGCCCCCAUUCCCACACCAAAAGGUUUGUUUAAGAAAUAGGAUUAACUGUAAAAUGUUUAAUCCUUAUCAGACAUUGGAUAUUUUUUAGAUUAGAGCCCUGUGUGAUGUUUCUGAAUUUCAUGCUCUAACCUUCAGGAACUCUUAGAGAAAAUGGGUUUGUUUAUUGAACUCUAGUGCAGUUUACUCACUGCUGCAAAUACUGUAUAUUCAGUACUUGAAAAAAAUGGUGAGUGCCUAUGGUGGAUCCAAACUGAUCCAGUGUAAGACUACUGAAUGAAUAUCUGCCACCGAAGCAGUGAUUCUAGUCAGAUAGGACAUCAUGCCUUUUAAGCUUUUAAAUAUUAUUGGAACCACUUAAUCAGUGAGUCAAUGUUCUGUUUUUUGUUUUGUUUCCUCCCCUAUCUAUAUUCCCUGACUUACUUUGGGACUACUUUAACAAGAACGUUAAAUUGUUUUUUAAUUGUAACAUUGGCGAGGGUGAGACUUAUUUCUCUGUACAUUCAAUAGAGACUGAGUAGAUAUGAAAGCUGAAGGCUUUUCUAGUUAGCAUGCUUCAAAAUGGUAAGUUAGGUGGGGAGCACCAGCAAACAGGUGCAGAUUUGUUUGGCUGUGAUGUAAGCAGUGUCUCAGUCUUUUUAAAGAACAAAAUAUAGCUGUAUGUGCCAUUGUUUCUUUGGAGUUUUAAUUUUUUUUUUCUUCUCAGAUAUCUUAUACCGUUAAUAUACUAAGGACAUUAUUCUGGUUAUACUUUGGAAUUUUCAUUCUCAAAAAUAGCUUUACAAAAGAUGUUUUGUUUACAAAAAUUUCCCUAAAACAGGUCAUAACAGUGUUUAAAGUCUCAGUUUCUUACUUGGGUAACUUGGAGCCUAAUGCACUGGCUUUAUAGGUUACUAAGAAGCUGAUAUUUUGACAGUUUUUAAUAGGCCUUUGUUAUAAAAAUGAAUAUUCUGAAAAGGGGGGUGGGAGGGUAGUUCAACAACAAACAAGAAUGUUAUGGUGUUUAAAUUUAUAGUUGUUAAAACUGUCAUCUCAAGUCAAGUCACUGGUCUGUUUGCAUUUGAUACAUUUUUAUACUAACUAGCAUUGUAAAAUUAUUUCAUGAUUAGAAAAUACCUGUGGAUAUUUGUAUAAAAGUGUGAAAUAAAUUUUUUAUGAAAGCGUUCACUGCUUAGUAACACAGCAUUAUAUAUGGGAAACAAACCCUAAAAUUAUAAAUGACAACUUGAAUUGCCUUUAUUUUUAUUUCAUCAAAACUUUAGUAAACUAAACUUUUCAAUGUUUUUAUUUAUUCUUAGUGUCCCAUAUAAUCUCAGAUCAGCCAAAGAUAUUAGUGCCCAAAGAAAUGCAAUGUACAUAUGUUUUUUUUUUCCUCUUUUGCUUCUACUGUUUAAUUGAUGCUCAAACCCUUUGAAUAGUUUUCCUUUAUAAAUAAAAGAAAAUGGUCUUAAGGAUGGUUUAUUCAA